AUGCGGGCAAGACGGACGGAGGAGAAACAAGAGGUACGGAGUGCACCAGCAGAUGGAGAGGGCGAGGGGAAGGAGAACCCAACGAGCUGUGGUGACGAGGAGACAACGUUGAAACCUGGAUGGCGGCAAGAAGGAGAUGUUGCAGAACACACACCAGAGUACCAUGGGUCCCUUUGUAGUGUAGGCAAGAGGGCGGUAUUGCAACUCGAAGUAGUGAGCCAUAAGUGUGAAGGACUGCUGGAUACGGGGGCGAAAAGGAGCUUUAUCCGCCCGACUAUUGUGGAACGACUGGGCUUGAGGGUACGCUUCCUGCAGGAGGCGUACUCCUUCACAGUAGCCAACGGUGAAGUCAUACUCAUCGAUAGGGAGGUACCAAGGUUGUCGAUGCUCUGCGGAGGAGAGUGCUUUACCGGGGAUUUCCUGGUAGGGCCAAUACCGUAUGCUGUCAUCCUCGGGAUUGAUUGGCUCGUUAACCACAAGGUGGCGUAG